CAAAAUGUAUAAAAUGUUGCAUAUUGUUUUAUCUUUAUUUUUAUUUAAAAAUUCCAGUUAGAUAAUGAAUUUAUGUGAAUUGGAAAAUAUGCACACACAGAUAAAGUGUUAUACUGUUGGCCAGUUGACAACAGAAUUAACUACUCCUUCUUUUAAUCAACUGAAAACUGAAGCUGUACAUGGAUAUCCAGAAAAUCACUGUAAUACAUCAUAUCACAGUUGUAUUUUCAUGGAUAAUAAUAAUAAUAGUAAUAAUAAUGGUACACUGACUUCCCUGAACACAGACAAUACUUUUAGUCAUGAAAUAAAUAGUAGCAAUAAUACAUACUGUAAUAUCAAUCAGAAGUUUUCCCAUCAUGGUAAACAUUUACAAAAACAUAGUCAUGUCAAUGAUCAAGAGGUAACACCUAACUAUGACUACGUGAACAGUGAUAUACCAUGGACAAGGUACUAUGCAGAUAACUUAACAAAUUCAGUCGAAAGUUAUGAUCACAAUGUACAUACGAACAAUGACUGUAGUAAUCUUCCCACUGAAAAUUAUUUGACCUCUAGUUAUCAUUAUGAUCAUCAUGCUGGUUCUUCACAGAUGCAUUCACUUACAACUUAUUCAAUAAUGAAUGGUAUGGAAAGUUCAUAUUUCACUAAUGAUGACCAUCAACACUGUUUAAAUGGAACUGUUCAGUCAAAUGACUUGAAUUUUUUAGAUUUUCAUAAUAAUUAUCAUGAAGACAGAAAACCUGAUGUGAUGAGUUUUAUGAACACUAGUACGAUCGUAUCAGAUAAUAAUUGUAUAAAUGAUUCUACGGUAAAUGCAUCAAUAAGUUCCUUAAGUAAUCAAUACUGUGUAUCACAAGGGAUAGUCCUAGGAAAUUUAAAAUCAUUUAAUUCUAUGGACCAGUUUAAUUCAGUUCGUUGUGACUGGUUAAGUGGUCAAGGCAGCAUAGAGGAUAAUACAAAUUGGCAAAGUAGUUGGAAAAGCAGUAUAGAAUAUGAUAAUCAAACGAAUGGUCAGUUGUAUAACCAAAAAAGUGUUACAGAUGAAUUCAAAACUUUUCAGUGUCUCAGUACUGAAACAAACUCACCAAUUACUCAUAAUCUGAACUUGUCAAGUGGGGCAUAUUUCUGGUUGUAUAACUCUCAGUGUAAAGGACCAAAAGCUUCUCCAUUAAUAAAUCUGACAAACAGAGCAAUAGCAAGUAAUCACUGUGAGAAUAGUUUGGAAAAUUCGGCAAAAGAUUGUGUUUCAAACGACUACCAAGAUGAUAUUGUUUCUUCGAGUGCAUCUUCUGGUGUUGUUCAACAGUUAAUACAUUAUCCGAUAUCCCCGCUUUCCUUACCAAACUAUCCACUGGUUGUGUUUGAAGACCCUGUGCAGAGAAGAUAUGACCUAGUUCACUGUUCAAAACUGCGUCGAGGUGACGGAAAUGAUGUGACUCCAAAUCUAAUGAGACUACGUUCCAUGGGCGAAGAACUUGUGCAUCUAAAUAGACAUAUAUCAGCUCAAGGGGAAUUAAUUUCUGCUGGAGCAAUGAAAAUAUUUGAUCAUUCAGAUAUAAACAUCGAUUUGAAGCUAAUUCAGGAUAUUUCUGGCUGUAUUUCAAAUACAAAAGUUAUUGAACAGGCCAAACGCGAGAAAAACAAAUUAGCCAGCAAAAUCUGUCGCCUUAAGAAAAAAGCAUUCCAUGAAGCCAAUAAAAUAAAAUAUCUUGGAUUAGAAAUCGAAUACAAUGAACUGGCAACUGUUAUAGUAAAGUUAAAAGAAAUGAUAACCAAUUCAUUACGCGAAAGUCUAACACCUGAAAAUACUCAUUAUGAAUCACUGAGUCAACAUCUGGGCAAUACGGAAGAUGAAAUAAAUAAGCAUAAAGACAAGUUGUCAUCACUGCUGUCACCUGAAGAUGUGAACAUGUUUGGUGGAAAGAAAACCAUAAAGGUGUAUUCCAAUAUUCCUGGAUCAUUAUUCAAAGAGGCUUUAGAGUUCUAUGAAAAUACGCACAUCACUAAAACAGCUGGGAGAAUGGAUAUGUUAGUUGGUGAAGUGCUUCAAAACUACUCAUCAUCAUAUUCACCGGGUUCUGGUGCUAAUGGAUACAUUGAAAGUAGUAAUAAUACGUAUACUUCAAACAAAGUGUACAAUACACCAUUACUACAAGCUCUAACAAAUUCAAAUGUUUAUUACACAAAUCAUGAUGAGGAGAAAUCACCAGACACAAGAAGCUCAAGUACAGCUUUUCAUGAAUCACCUGAAAUCAACAAACCUAAUACCUUUCAGAAACACAUACAUCAGUCUACAUCAACAUCCAGAACAAAUUAUCCAGGACCUCCGCCUGAGUUUAAACUGAUUUAUGAGUAAUUCUCAUAAAGUAUUACAGAAAAUACAAGUAGUUAAAAAAAUCUUCCCUUUUUUGCAUACUUCACUUUACUUUUUUGAAUCAGAAAUGUAUUCCCCAGAAACGUAUAAGUGUUUAUAUAAAAUAUAUACCCCUUUUUAUUUUAAGAUUUAUUAAUUUAUUCUAUUGACAUCAAUUCACUACAAUAACGAGUGAGUAAAGCCAGCCGAAAAAAUAAACAUACCUGUGAUAUAUUAUCAAUCUUUUUUUAAUACUCUAUUUUUCAGUCCAUAUGUGCAUAUAUAUAUAUGUUAACAAGUUUUCUUCAUAUCUUAACUUUUCAGUGUGUUUCAGACAAGUAAUGACUGAAGCAGAGUGACAGUCUUACUCUCCUUACUUCUUGAUUUCAAUUACAUACUGCUGUGUAACAUAUCUUGCUGCCCAGGUUGUACUUAUAACACGUAAUCAUUAAAGAAAAAGAAAUAUUCAUUAAGACUACUAAUACUUUCACUUGUCAUAGCAUUAAUAAUAAUAAUAAUAGUGAAGUUACCCAUUUCAUAUUAUAAUCUGCAAUAUUCUCAAGAUAUUGAGUGAGUACUGUUUAAUAUAUGACUAUUGUUGUCAAAAUCCCUUUUUGAAAUUUUCUAUUAUUUGGUUUAUUAUCAUUUUGUGGUGCAUAAUAGACAAAUAAAUUAAAACUGUAUUCUGAGAUUAGAAAAUUUAUAUACAAUUAUUUGCAUACCUACUAUUCAUUAUGUACUGCAACACAGAUUGACUAAUAUUUAAAUAUAUAUAUUCAAGAAACACCAGGCAAAUUUUCAACUAUCAUUUGUGUUUUCAACACCACGGUAAUAGUAAUCAUCGUAAUAAUAAUAAUAAUGAUGAUGAUAAUAAUAAUAAUAUUAAUAGAGAUGUUCAACGUUCAAUAUAUUCAAUUCUUUUGGCACGAAAUAAACUUCGACUAAUAUUGUUAACUUUUUCCUCUCUCUGUACAAGUUUUGUAUUCUCGCCUUUGUCAUUCAGAAUCACAUCUUAUUUCUUAAACACACCUAUUAUACCUGUGAUGCAUGACCACGACGUGACUGUAUUGCGAUCAUCAUGUAGAAAUGUGUUUGUUUCAACUGAAAAAGAGUACGAUAAUUCACUGUGAUGAAACUU